UGAUACAGGACAACCUAGAUGGGCCCUGGUGGCCCUUUGUUAUCCUAUUAUUUGUUAUGUUAUGUUAUCAAGAUCAAGAUCACGAAUUUCGCGGGCAGAAAUUCACUCGGCCUGACACUAUGAGCCACGAAAGGCACAAAUCCCACCAGGUACCAACACGUUUUGUAUUGUGCAGAGUGCAGAGUGAACUGAAGAACUGAAGCACGUUACCACCUAACAGGCAGGCUACGUUCAACACAACGAUAGCCAGUUUCUUUGUUAUGCAGUGAGAAGCUCAUAUUACACAAAAUGGAUCCUUAUAAUCCUGAGGUGAAAAAAGAGAAUGAUACAGAGGAUGAGGCUUCUCCCUCAAUUAUAAUUCCAAACACAUCUUUGUACCCACAGUUUGGGAUAAAAGAGGACUGUGAAGGAAGUGAAAAUGAUCAGUUUAUGGUGGAAGUGAAAGAAGAAAUUGAUGUUAAGGUAGAAGAGGAGGAUUUGCCACCACCAGAAGAUCCAUUGAUGUUGUGUGAUCAAGAAGGCCCAUCAUCAGAGGAAAGCAGAGGUGAAAAAAGGAAAAUGGAUGCGCGGAGCUUUUACGGGAAACGACGGGAUUUAGUAGCUGUCAUCCCUGAGGAUGGAGAUGAUUCAGACGACGGGCUUGCUGAUGAUGGCGAUGAUGAUGUCAAUGACCCAGAUUUCACUGCUAACAUAAAUGAGGAUGAUUCAGAUGAUGCAGUCAGUGAUCUUUCAAAUGAUGAUGAGCAAAUGCCCAGUGGUUCAACAGUGCAACCCUGCUUCAAAAAACGUAAAGUGAACACACCUCAACCUAAACUGGUUCCUAUUGAGAAAAAUGGAGCACCAACUUCUCAUGUCAGUGAUCCCAUAAGAGGAAGGCUUUGGAGAAAGAGAGAUAUUGAUAACUCUUACCCACUAGAGAAGAACUUUACAGCCCCAGACGAGUUAUCAACACCAUUUCAGUAUUUUUCUAGAUAUUUUACUCCUGAACUGGUAGAUCUUCUUGUACAACAGACUAAUUUGUAUUCAGUUCAGGAAACAACAGGUAGUAUAUGUACAACUGUAGGAGAAAUGCAAAUGUUUUUGGCUGUGUUACUCUACAUGGGGAUAUGCUCUUUGCCAGCAAUGGAUGAUUACUGGAGUGUCCAUUUUAGAUAUCCACUUGUGGCUGACAUAAUGAGUUCAAAAAGGUUCAAAUGCCUGAAGAGGUAUUUGCAUUUUGUUGACAACCAUAAGAAAAAGGACACCCAAGAUGAUAAGUUUCACAAAGUAAGACCUGUGUUUGAAAUGGUUCGCAGACAGUGUAAGAAGAUAGAGGGAAGUAAUCACCAGAGUGUAGAUGAGGUGAUGGUGCCUUACAAGGGUACAAGGGCUGGGACACUAAGACAGUAUGUGAAGAAUAAACCUCAUAAAUGGGGUUUCAAAAUUUACUGUAGAUCUAGUUCAUCUGGAAUUGUACAUGAUCUACUUUUGUAUCAAGGUACAACAACCUUUAAUGAUGAAGAUCUACCUGAGAAUGAGAAAGAUUUCCUGCUUGGUGAAAAGGUCAUGUUGGUAUUGUGUAGGUCCAUCCCUGAUCCUUCCUCUUGUGUGGUUUUUUGUGAUAACUUUUUUACCAGUUACAAACUGGUAAAGAAAUUGGAGUCUUUGAUUAGUAUAAAAUGUCUUGGCACAGUAAGAGAAUCCAGAUGCGGUGGAGUUGAGCUGCUAUCAGACAAAGACAUGAAGAAGCAAGAACGGAGUUACUAUGAUUAUAAAUCAUCUGAAGAUGUCAUCGCUAUCAAAUGGCAUGACAAUAAAUGUGUAACACUCCUUAGUAAUGCAGUGGGAGUUGAACCUGAAGGAGCUGUGAAAAGAUAUGAUAAACAUAAAAAAUGCAAGAUUGACAUUCCUUGCCCUUCUAUUGUACUAGCUUACAAUAAGCACAUGGGAGGCAUUGACCUUUCUGACAUGUUGGUAUCUUUGUACAAAACACCUAUGAAAUCCCACAGGUGGUACCUUCCCCUUUUUGGCUAUUUGCUAGAUCUAUCAGUGGCCAAUAGCUGGCUUUUGUAUAAGCGUGAAGCCACAUUGCUGAAGGAAUCCCCAAUGACACUGAAAUGCUUUCGUGCUGAAAUAGCUGGCACUUUAGUAAAGAUAAACCAGAAGGUCAGUGUAGGUAGGCCAAUAUCCAGAGGAAUAACACCCAAGAAGGGCAAUGUAAAGAAAGCCAAGCCAUCAAAGGAUGUCCGAUAUGAUGGAAUUGACCAUUGGCCUAUGCCAACAAGCUCAGAAAAGCAAGCAAGGGGGCGCUGCUCUCUGUGCCCAAAAGGGGUUUCAGGUUUCAGAUGCACUAAAUGCAAUGUAUUUCUAUGCCUGAAGAACAAACAAAUGUGUUUUGUACAAUAUCACACAAAGACCUAGAUGAAUAACAAAGGAUAUGAAGCCAAAUAAUGCAUACUCAACAUUUCUUUCUGGAUACUGUAUCAAUUGUUAUUAUUUUCUUGCAUAUAAUGUGGAACAACUGUGAUAUACUUAUAAUUUCUUUUGCAUAUGGCUGUGAGGAUAUGAGGCUGUGAUACAUCUAUUUAUUUUCAUUUCUUGCAUAUAAUGUGAUGAUAUAUGUAUAUGUAUUUAUUUUUCUAGUAUAUAAUCUGCAGUGGCAGUGAGAAUAUUUUCAUUACUAUCAAAUUCCUUGAUAUUUUCGGAAGUGAACUAUUUUUAGUUAUAAAAGGAAUUCAAUACUACAUAUCUAUUCCUAGAAAAAUAAAAGAAAUAGUACAAUUAUAUUGUAAAACAUGAUUAUAACUAUAAAUGAUUAUUUUAUGGAAGUUAUACUAAAAAAAAGGUAUGUUAUUCUUGAGAAUCUACAUAUUUUUGUCACUACAUAGGAGGAAAUAAUUCAGAAGAUAUUAUUACCAUGUCCUGGUAUAUCAACAAAAUUGUUGAGGAUCAUAACA